GACGAGUGGUCGGUGAAAAAUACCUUUUGAUGAUGUGUUUCUGAUGAGACGAGGAAAUCUGUUGGUGUUGUGACGCGAUGACACUAUGCAUAUGUGACAGUAGAGAAGAGGAAGAGCGAUAUAUACGAAACGUGGUCAGCAUGUAGUGCUAUUUCUAUUACGUUUACUUGCAUUCGUAUAAUGUGCAUGUGGAUGAAUUUCAUGACCAGGUGCUGAUCAGACAAGGGAAGUCUUUCAAAAGAUUUUCCUCACGAUCUCAUCAGAAAAAGUUGAGGCCCAUUCGGUCAGAGUCUAUCGGAUCUUAUCUGUAGGGCCCAUAUUUACAUGGAGCCCAACAGAUCUUAUCUGUAGGCUUUACUUCGUGUAUAAAGGCGCUCUCAUACAUAGUGAGUCCUCCGUGUGUUGUAGUGUUUUUUGGAAUAGUUUUUUGAAAUUCUUUUGGAUUUUUUGUUCUAGGAAAGGCUCACUCUUGUAGACCUUUAGAUUGAGAAAGUACUACUUACCGCUUUUAAUUUUGUUGGGUUAGAUUCGCUUCAAAGAUGAUUAGCUAGCGACACUCUCACAGAGAAAAAUAGGUACAACGAGAGUGAUACUUUUCUUUUUCGUAUAGAGUAAGAUAAGAGAGAGCAACAUCGUAAAACUAGAUCAAGAUGAUUGCGAAAAGCAAUCCAUUCAUUUCUUUGUACUCGAGUCUCUCAACUUUAUACUUGUUUCUAUCUUCAUCUUUCCCGUUUUCGUUCAGUAUUCUAAAACGACACUUGCUAGUACAAACUAUUUUACUACUUGAUUUUACCUGGAUAUAUUCCAAUAGGCAGUAUCGCGAGAAUGGAGAGCAGGUCGAAGAGCACCAAGGCGCUGUCGCCUGGAGGCAACAGUGACGUCGUCAAUGGCAACGAGGUACGCAGUCUCAAUAGCGAUGACAUUCCGGUUGGACCAGCAGAUGACAAGGGAAAAGAACAACAAACAUUAAGGCCUCGCUCUACUUUUAAACGCUAGAAAGAACUACAUGUAUUUGCAUUCUUUCAUUUGUUGCUCAGAAACAGAAUUCGAACAAGCUAAGCCUAGGCAGUUCGUGAUUCUCUAGAUCUAGGAGCGUAGUUAUACUAUCGACGUAGAGAGGAAGAAGAAGAAAAUCUUGAAAUCAAACCUCCUUUUCGGAACAAGUAACAUAGUAAAGCUUCUUCACUCGUGAGUCUCUCUCUUUCCCGGUCUUGGUUCUAAUUUUUGCUGGCAGAGCUCAGAUACUUUCGAAAGAUGCCAAUGCGUCUGGACAGUUUCUGCGCUCGCCGAAGGAGGUAGUGUCUUCUCGCGCUGUUACCGUGGAUGCUUCCGGGAGGCGUCAGGUGAUCAAGGUGCGGGUGCCCGCAACGAGCGCCAAUAUCGGUCCAGGCUACGACGUGCUAGGAAUGGCCGUGGAUCUAUGGAACGAUUUGACGGUUUCACGCGCAAAAAAGUUCCAGAUCACGGUGGAAGGCCAAGGACGCGCGGAAAUUCCCACGGAUAUCGAGCCUCAGACUGUUAAGAGAUUGGAUCGCCUACUUCAAAUUUUGAUCAAUGGAUGUUCACUUCACUAACACUACUUUCGAGCGUUAGAGAAUACUUAAAGUUGGAUACUUUCUCUAAAAUCGAUUGCUUAGUUGUUUACCCUCUAUUUGUACUUAAAGUUGUACAGUAAUAUGCUACGUGAAAGUCGUUGUUGGUUGAUUAAUGUUGUUUGUUUUCCAUCAUGUUCUCUAGAUGGAGCUUCCAGAAGGCCUCCUAUGAUUCUAAUAGUAGAGAGUGCAAGAAUUUGGUGGUGAAAGCCUGUCGCAGAGCAUACCAACACAUGGAACUAGAGAUGCCGCCACUGCAUUUCCGAAUCAACAAUCGGAUACCUUUCGGAAAGGGACUGGGAUCCAGCUCGGCCGCUAUUGUUAGGUAUUAUCAUACUUAAGUAUGCAUUUUCCAACAGCAGGGACAUGUGUGUGUUGUAAGGAAGUAGUGUUUCCGUUGGGAUGUAGACCAAUAACCUGAGGCACCCUGACAUGACACGACAUGUGUGUGAUGAUCACGAAUCAGUAAUUUUUGGAGUACUGCAUUUGGGAUACCAUGACGAUGAUAAUUAUCAGCCCCUACACAUAAUGUGUAUGUCGUUCCCUACUUCGAAUUCGAUAUCGCUGCACUAUCAACAGCGUGAUCACUGAUAUUUACAUGAUGAUCACAUGACAGUGGGCUGCUUGCUGGUUUGGCGUUGGAAGAUCGGACCGCAUCCCUGGAUAAUGAGGAAGAACUGUUGCAAUUGGCUUGUGAGAUUGAAGGACACCCUGACAAUGUUGCCCCAUGCAUCUAUGGUGGCAUGCAACUCGGAUACUCGAUCACAGCGGCAGAGGCAAAAUUGUACGAUCGGCGUCGCGAGUUAAGCGGUGUGUCUCCGUACAAAAACGGACCGUUCGAGGACGGGCGCUUUCGAUCUCGCGAAUCCCCGGUGGAAGGACAGCAGUUGUUCACUAAAGUACCGUCUCCACCACCAGCACUGAAUGAUGGUAAGAUUUGGUGCACGUCGCGAGUGCGGUUGCCAUUAUUAAGGCUGUGUGUGAACAUCAUACUUAAUUUCACGACCACGAAUUCAAAGCUGAAAAUAUCAUAAUUGAUUUCACGGCCAGAAAUUCAGCGACCACGAUGAAUUCGUCAGAUCAUUCAUAUAUUGUCAAAGGAAAAAAGAAAAUGGAUUAUCGUAGUUGGACUGACAGGAAAUACUUUUUCUUUUUUUUGAAAAUCUACGAAUCACAAGGUGGUUAUCGUAGUUUGUGUAUGGUCAAGGUGUAAAUAGUAGAUGAGGUUCAUCUUCUAAUACGAGGUUUGGUUUGCGUUGUUUUCACGCCAUUCCACGCUACAGAAACAACGCUGGCGCGUGGAUUGCUGCCAGAUGUGAUACCAAGGGGUGAAGCGAUUUUCAAUAUGAGCAGGCUUGCGCUUUUGAUCAACGCAUUGCAAGACGACAGACAUGAUCUGCUGCGAAUUGCAACACAGGACGCUCUGCAUCAGGACGCGCGCGCAGCGAAAGUUCACAGACACUUGAAGCCUGUCAUUGAGGUGCCAGCUUUUUUUUACACUUCUAAAUGUCUCGUUUCAACAUCAUGGAUUCUUCUAGUAUCCACUCUGUACCUAUAACUACUUGUGCGUGUACGAAUGUAGUACUUAUGUGCUGAUGAUGUUCGAGUUCUCCGAUUCACGUUAUUUUUGUCUGAUGGUCUGGAGUCGGUGCACUUUUUCUUUUGUUUUCCGAAUCACGGUUUCAAGUGGCGCUUACUUUUCUGGCAGAUCUAACUAUAUUGACGGGACUCAGUCAACCUAACUACAUUGGCUGGCAACCCUAAAUCAUUCAGGGAUCGCGAGCGUGCAGCUACGACUUGUUUACUUAACUUUUGCGUAUUUGGUACUUGUAGCUCUAUUUUCAUUGAAAUAGUCUUCUCAAUCAGGCGGCGCUCGCAGCCGGGGCAAAAGGUUGUUUUCUAUCGGGUGCUGGUCCCUCGGUAAUGGCCUUCUGCAGUGGGCGGCAAGGUGACGUUUUUACGCAGACGAACAGGGAGCGAACCGAGCAGGAGGUCGCAAAGGCGAUGUUGAAAAUUGCAGACUCCAUGGGAUGCAAGGGUGAAGUACUGAUAACCGUCCCAGUUGAUCAUGGUGCGCAUGUCGUUGCUUCAGAUUCGAAUCUCGGAGAAAAGACGGGCCUCGCGAGCGAGAGCCGCAUCCACUACGUGCUGAAUCAGCGUUAAUGUCGCCCAGGUUUGUGUAGACGCUGACAAGAUUGUCCUUUGCUUUUUGCAAUGGCGAUCCGUGGUAGUAGAAUUUCGUUCCUGAAUUUCUUACUACGUAGCCUCCACCAUCGUCGUCUAGAUACUAAAGAUGUGUAGCGAGUGCGAAUCGGUAUUACCUCUUCCGCAAGGAAAUCGGGAAGCCGAAAAUUAACUUAACGUAUCUGCGUUUGAGAUUAUAGUGUCUCUUAUUUUGUUUAUUCAAAAAAAUUGAAAUAUUUAUAUUGCUGUCUACCAGGGAGGUCGAGUAUAAGUCUUUGCUGCUGCUAUCCUAUUCCUGGAGAUAGUAUUCCUAUUCCUAGUAUCAGCCAUGUAGUUCUAGGUAGACAAAGAAUUUAGUACGUGUUUUGUUUUUGAAACAGAAAUUUAGAGGUGAGUGCCUCGUCUUUGACUCUUGGCUACCUGCCUCUCCGAUAAUACUGGAGUUUUCUUUGAUAACGGCUGUGACUGCGCGGUCAAUAUUAGAUCUGCUGUCUGAAUUAGAGGAUGAUAAUGUGGCUAUUGUACUACGAGUUUGUUACUACUACAAUUACCGGAAAUCGUGCAUGUGAAGCUUACCGGAAAUUGGAGUCGGUCUAUAGUCUCUUCGUAAUUAGUCAUGUGACUUAGAUUUCAUUUUGUAGAUAUCAGUUUUGUCAAUAUUGAUGUGCUUUUCUAAUAUGAUUUUGAUUUCUUUGAAUUAGUUGUCCUUGUGUACUUAAUCAAUUUCUCAAUUCUGAUUGAGUCUGAGUGAUUAGCCUCUUAUUUUCUCUUCUGAUGGUUUUUUCUAUUCAUUCCCUGUGUCGUUUUGUGUAGUUUUGCAACUUCUUGUUGUCCUAGUCGCAAGUGUUGGUCACUACUCUGUGCUAAUGGUGUUGCAUUUCCCUUGUUCUAUUUAUCCCCGUCACCGCAAAAGUACUAUCUAAUACGGGAUGUGUCUUGUUGUGAGAGAUUUCCUUCGUUCAGCUAGGAAUCCAGACAAUCUCGAUGUGAAGCAUAGCAACAAGACAAACUCAAUCGUGUGUAGUCAGCUGAGCUGAAUUACUUAUUCAUGUCCUGAAUAUUCUGAUUCUUCGAGGGCUGAUUUCUUUGCCUCUUUCGCGUUCUCGGGUCAUCCCAAUCAUGUUUCAUGUUCCUAAGUUUACCACAAAAAAAUAGGUACGAACGAUGGAUAUACUCUGAUUUGAGUCAGUCCUUUCGUCGCCACUCACCGCCUCAUGGUCUUUUGAGACGCAGGGCGCAUGCAAGUUUAGGGCGAUGCACUACAGUAGACCGCUGUUUGUGCCCUUCGCGUUUUUCCCUCACAGCUUAAUGCUAGUUCAUCGAUCUGGUGACCACGUACAUAAAUCAGGGUGCCACCUUCACGACGUGGGGCAUAUUUAGUUCGUGUGUAUUCAGAUGUCAAAGGAUCUGUCUCAGACUAAUCCAUUUUUCCAGCUUCAUGACUGUUUUUUAAAGUUGUGAUUCUUCAGCCAUUCACCCUCUGCCUAGCUCCCUUCUUCCAGCCAACUUCAUAUUUAUUUUUACUUUGGGAUGAUGAUUUGUCAUAUGACUAGAAUUUCCACUAGAAUAGCAAAAACAUACAACUUCAUAUUUUUGCUGACACUGUUGAUUGAAUUUGAAGGUUGCUACAUCGGUUUGCUUUCUAAGCCAGGAGUAAAAUGUAAACGUGGGUAAAUCCGCGGAAGGCACCGAUGAUUCGAUCCGAUGUAAGUACACUAUUUAUGAUAGCCUAGGGGUGGUCGGGUAUAGCUUUAGGAAAACUGGGUGUCGCAAUAAUAUACAUAGUUACAACUUAGUACCCCCUCUUUAAUAUAGUACAUGUGUCGCGUCGCGCCCCAUCGUUUAGGAUGAUAGAUCACCUUGCUAACGAUGCUGGUACAGAAUUAUGGAGAAACAUGAUCACUAUGUAUAAUCAACAACACUAAUACAACAGGAAUUUGGUGAGUUAUCUUCGCGACUUUUGCGAUGAUAUACAGAACUACGACACAU